AGCCCGUUUCACCUCCGGCCCGUUUCUCUCCCUUAUACGGUAACCCUUUGUACAGGGCGCGGAGGCCCCUUUCCACCCACCAGCUGACCCCAGAGCACCUGCCUGGCGGGUGGCGAGGCUUGGGUGAGGUGGAGAUGACUUUGUAUGAUGUUCUGGGUGUGAGCCAAGAUGCCAGCGAGACUGAGAUCCGCCAACAGUACCAGGAACUAGCACGUCAGUAUCACCCCGACAAAUCAGGGGUUGAAGGUGCCAAAGAAAAGUUCCUACAGGUGACAGAGGCGUGGCAUGUAUUAGGAGACACCCAAAAACGGAGAGAGUACGACGACCAGCUAAAGCGAGAAAAGCUUUACCAAGAAUUUCCUGUGAGUGAAGAGCUCUUCCUUGAGGACCUGGAGCAAGACAAGGAAGGCGGUGUAUAUUUGCAUACCUGCCGGUGUGGUGGCCACUACACCCUGGCUGCCCAGGACGCCAGAAGCUCCACAGAGAAGGAGGUUGUCGUAGCUUGUGACAACUGCUCCCUUAGCAUUCUGGUUUUACUGAAUUGUGAUGAGAACACUUGAUAGAAACAAGGCACAAUGUUCAAGCAGGUGUGAUGGGCCCCAGACCACCUCUGCUUUCUGUCUGACAUGAACAUUUAAUCAAAGAUGCAUUAUUAGAGGAAUUUGGAGCUGUAGUGUUAAAGUUUAAAGCUGUUUUCAAUUUUUUUAUUUGUUAUGUGGAGUAAGUAUUUUUUUAAGAUACUGAAUGUUAGGUAAUUUGUUAAUUAUAUAUUUACUGAAUCUAAAAUCUUCCAUCAGGGUGAAUGGCAGCCACUGUAGGUCAUUACUGGAAUCACAUGAACUGAAUCUCUGUUAACCAGUUUUCUCUGCAUUUUUUGUGUUUUAUGUUUCUUCAUUAUUUCCUGUGUCACGUCAAAGUGCACAUUGGUUUGCAACAUGGUAGCUUGUGCAUAGUAUGUGUUCAGUGCAUGUAAUGUUUUGGUAGAUUUUGUUACACUUAAGUUUUACUGAAAUUUCAGUUCAUUAUUCUCCCACAUUUUUGUAUUCCCUACAGAAAAUAAGUUAGACAGAGUUUUCAGUUCAUUAAACUCCCACACUUCCAUUAUAAUGAUGAGCAGAAAACAUUGCACAUAAGUUUUCAGUAAGAUAAAAAAAUAUAUAAUGCUAAAUAAUUUUGAAGCAUAGAUUACAAUUGAGCUGUUGUAUUUUAGUUUAGAAUAAAAAGAGCUAGAAAGAAAAAGAGAAAAUGGGCAGAGUAACUGGUGGACAGAGAAGCACAAAACAACCAAGACCGACUCCCAUGCUGAUGCCUUGGGAAGCCAAGUACCAACAUAGAAUUGAAGAGUUUUUCAAAGCUCCUCAGGAUGUGUCAAGCACCUUCCAAGAUACUGCAAGCUCAACACUUAGUUAUGGAAGUGAAACAGUAUCCCAAAAGGACAUGGAAACAGCAGCAAUGAAUUCUUUAGUUAUUCAUGAAACAAAUAGUUUGAAAGACUAUAGUGGUCUGGAAGUGAUGGAAGAGGGACAAGACCAACAUUCAAGAAACUGUGAGAGAGUAGCCUGUGGCAGCCAUAGUAGCAUUAGUGAUGAUGGAGAUGUCAAACUCCCAAGCAAAACAGAUGUUUCAGUACAACCAAUUGGGCUCCCAAAUUCACCUGCAAAAGAGCAAGAGGCAGCAGGUAGUGGCGAGCCUGCCUUGGGGCCUCUCACGUCACUGCAGCAGAAUCCUGUGCAGCUCGAGGUUGCAUUCAACCCCGAUGUGAAGCAGAGUACCGUAGUUUUAAAAGCCAUUAAUUAUUCAAUUAAUUAUAAUUUAGAUGAAUUUUUCAAUUAUGCUUUCUCACCAGGGAAAGUUAGUUUAAAACAAAGACUCAUGAGUAAAUAAGAAUUUCAUGCAAAUUUCAUCAUCAGAAUUGAUAGUUUUAGUGUUUCACAUCAUCAUGUACUUGAAAUUAUGAUUUUAUAACUAUAUAGGCUUGGGUCACCUUAUUUCAUGGUUGAGAUAAUUUAGUGUAAGUUUAUAUCAGUGAGUGGGAAGUGCCAUCGAUUUAUUGGUACAAUCAGCAUUUAAUAGAUUUCAUCCUGUUUGUGAUAUCAUUUAUGCACAUAAGGACACGUGUGUGCUGUUGUAGGGGAAAACACAGUCAAUGACUUGCUGAGCAUUUGAUCAUGAUCAUCAUGGAAAAUCAUAUAUUUUAGUCUAAAUAUUUAGAAUCCAUAUGUUACUCAGUGUUUGUCAUUGCCUUAGUAUAUCUGCAACUUUGCUGUCUUAGCUUCAGGAUAUGUACUUGUAUUAGCUUCUAACACAUUUUAUCCUCUCUAGUUACCUUAUACAAGCUGUCUGUAGCUAAUAUUAAUACAGAAUAAUUUCUUAAUGUAGUGUACUGAAACUUUCACUACAUAUUCCAAUGUAAUUGCUGAAUAAUUACCGCUUCAUAGAGUUGCAUUAAAAGUCGCUCAGAGCAUUGUGUCCAGUAGUGACCCAGUCUAGUAUGUUGGGUGCAACCAGCUCACAGUUUCUCCUGUUCAACGUUUCAUUGCUUGUUUUGUGCUAUAUUAGAGGUAUAUCAAUUCAUCUAGGUUAUGUUUAUGUCCUUGAAAAUAUAAGUAAUGUCAGUCAUUGAAA